AUGUCCGUGUUUCGGCGGUUUCUUUAUCACCUCGGGUACCUGGCACGGGAGACGGGACAGGCACUCGAUCGAGCGGGCUGCUUUUUGCAAGGCAACUUUGCUUAUCGAGAAGCGCUUUACUUGUCCCGACACCGCCAAAUCAUGAACCUGGUUGAUCGAAAACCCAUAAUUUCUCCGCAGGUCCAGUUUAUAGCUCCGAAUGCUGCUAUAAUCGGUGACGUCGCUAUCGGUGCUGCGAGCUCUGUCUGGUAUGGCGCCGUCAUUCGAGGCGACGUCAACAAGGUGGUCAUCGGUGAGCGAACCAACGUACAGGAUCGUGCCGUGAUUCACGUCGCCUCUGGAGGCGGUAAGCUCGAGAGAGCGUUACCCACUUUCAUUGGCAACGAGGUAACGAUUGGGCACGGAGCUAUUCUUCAUGCGUGUGCUGUUGAGGACCAGGCGGUUGUUGGUAUGGGCGCCAUUGUUCUAGACGGGAGCAGAGUCGAAAGCGGUGCAGUGAUCGGAGCGGGGAGUGUUCUGCCGCCGGGCACUGUUGUCGGUGCCGGCCAGUUGUGGUUGGGUACGCCUGCGCGCUUCGUGCGCCUUGUUUCUGCCGAAGAGAAGCAGCAGUUCGCUGUCCAAUGUAGUCAGUACGUCGAGCUUGCCAAAAUGCAUGCCACAGAAUGCGGUAAGACGCCAGACCAAUUGGAUGCGGAGCAAAUGGCGGCUCUGCUCUGGGAGGAACGCAGCGAAGACUAUUUGAGCAGUCUCGGUCUUCUUGGAAAAGAAGAGGACGUUAUGGCCGCGCAGAAGGCCUAUUUGGCCCACGAACGACAAUUGGCCGCGUCUGGUGCACCAAAAGGCAGCGGGAAACCGGAAACAAAGAUUUCCUCGUCGACUGAUGCACGGCAGCAGGUGUCGGCUGGGCACUAG